AUGUCCCGUGAAGUACUGCCAAACAACGUUACCCCAUUGCAUUAUGACAUUACACUAGAACCUAAUUUCCGUGCUUUUACGUUUGAAGGGUCAUUAAAAAUUGACCUGCAGAUUAAUGAUCAUUCGAUAAACUCUGUGCAAAUAAAUUACUUAGAAAUAGAUUUCCAUUCUGCACGUAUUGAGGGUGUCAAUGCCAUUGAAGUUAACAAAAACGAAAACCAACAAAAAGCUACUCUUGUCUUUCCUAAUGGAACUUUUGAAAACCUAGGACCUUCUGCGAAGUUAGAAAUUAUCUUUUCCGGUAUUCUAAAUGAUCAGAUGGCGGGAUUUUACAGGGCUAAGUAUACGGAUAAAGUCACAGGGGAGACGAAGUACAUGGCUACUACUCAGAUGGAAGCCACAGAUGCUAGAAGAGCCUUUCCUUGUUUUGACGAACCAAAUUUGAAGGCGACUUUUGCAGUAACUUUGGUCUCUGAAUCGUUUCUGACUCAUUUGUCCAACAUGGAUGUCAGGAAUGAAACAAUCAAAGAGGGUAAGAAAUAUACAACUUUUAACACGACUCCAAAGAUGUCUACGUACUUAGUAGCAUUUAUUGUAGCUGACCUGAGAUACGUGGAAAGCAAUAAUUUCCGUAUUCCAGUAAGAGUUUAUUCUACCCCAGGGGACGAAAAAUUUGGUCAGUUUGCAGCCAAUUUAGCUGCUAGGACCUUGAGAUUCUUUGAGGACACCUUCAACAUAGAAUAUCCAUUGCCAAAGAUGGAUAUGGUGGCAGUUCAUGAGUUUUCUGCUGGUGCUAUGGAAAACUGGGGGCUAGUGACUUAUAGAGUUAUUGAUUUGUUAUUAGACAUAGAAAAUUCGAGUUUAGAUCGCAUUCAAAGAGUUGCUGAGGUUAUUCAGCAUGAACUAGCCCACCAAUGGUUCGGCAACUUGGUCACCAUGGAUUGGUGGGAAGGCUUAUGGUUGAAUGAAGGUUUUGCCACUUGGAUGUCUUGGUACUCUUGCAACAAGUUUCAACCAGAAUGGAAAGUUUGGGAGCAAUAUGUUACUGACAAUUUACAACGUGCUCUAAAUUUAGAUUCAUUAAGAUCUUCCCAUCCAAUUGAAGUUCCCGUUAAUAAUGCGGACGAAAUCAAUCAAAUUUUUGAUGCUAUUUCUUAUUCUAAAGGAUCUUCUUUAUUGAGGAUGAUUUCCAAAUGGUUGGGUGAAGAGACUUUUAUUAAAGGUGUGUCCCAAUACCUGAAUAAAUUCAAAUACGGUAAUGCAAAGACCGGAGAUUUGUGGGACGCCUUAGCAGAUGCCUCUGGCAAGGACGUUUGUUCGGUGAUGAACAUCUGGACAAAACGUGUUGGUUUUCCAGUGUUAUCUGUCAAGGAACACAAGAACAAAAUCACAUUAACUCAACACCGUUAUUUAAGUACCGGUGAUGUUAAAGAAGAGGAAGAUACAACCAUAUACCCCAUUUUGUUAGCUUUGAAAGACAGUACAGGUAUCGAUAACACAUUGGUAUUGAACGAAAAAUCUGCUACUUUCGAAUUAAAGAAUGAAGAGUUCUUCAAGAUUAAUGGUGACCAAUCUGGUAUUUUCAUUACCUCUUAUUCUGACGAAAGAUGGGCUAAGCUAUCCAAACAGGCAAAUUUAUUAUCCGUAGAGGAUCGUGUUGGCUUAGUCGCAGAUGCAAAAGCCCUUUCUGCAUCUGGCUAUACCUCUACUACUAACUUCUUGAAUUUAAUUUCUAAUUGGAAAAACGAGGAUUCAUUUGUUGUUUGGGAACAAAUCAUUAAUAGUUUAUCCGCUCUGAAAUCUACUUGGGUCUUCGAACCAGAGGAUAUAUUGAAUGCUCUAGAUAAAUUUACUUUGGAUCUAGUACUUAACAAACUUUCUGAAUUGGGGUGGAAUAUUGGCGAAGACGACUCCUUUGCUAUCCAACGUUUAAAAGUGACCCUUUUCAGUGCCGCAUGCACUUCUGGCAAUGAAAAAAUGCAAUCGAUUGCGGUAGAAAUGUUUGAGGAAUACGCCAAUGGGAACAAACAGGCCAUACCUGCACUGUUCAAGGCAGUUGUUUUCAACACCGUUGCCAGACUUGGCGGAGAAAACAAUUACGAAAAGAUUUUCAACAUCUAUCAAAACCCUGUUUCGUCAGAAGAAAAGAUUAUCGCUUUGAGAGCUUUGGGCAGAUUUGAAGACAAAGAACUUUUAGAAAGGACAUUGUCUUAUCUGCUAGAUGGUACAGUUUUGAAUCAAGAUUUUUACAUCCCAAUGCAAGGCAUUAGAGUUCAUAAGAAGGGUAUUGAAAGGUUAUGGGCUUGGAUGCAAGAACACUGGGACGAAAUUGCUAAGAGAUUACAGCCAGGCUCGCCUGUGUUGGGUGGCGUGUUGACAUUGGGUUUAACUAAUUUUACCUCUUUUGAAGCCCUUGAAAAAAUUAGUGCGUUCUAUAGUAGAAAGGUCACUAAAGGUUUUGAUCAAACCCUGGCUCAAGCCUUAGACACUAUUAGAUCCAAGGCGCAAUGGGUGAGCAGAGAUCGUGAAAUCGUUGCUACCUACUUGCGUGAGCAUGAGUAUGAUCAAUAG